CCUGGGAGUGGCAUGGACGAAGUUGGUCUGGGGUUGGAGGCCACAGCCGGCCCACCUUCCUGCUGCCUGCAAGAUGCAAAUGAUGGGAACAAUAGGGCCCCUGUCCCCAGGCCAUUUGUGGCAGAACCUGGAUCCUGGGGAGGCACAGCUUCUUCACCUUAGCCAUGGACAAGCUCAGCAGGAGCAAGGCCAGGCUGGGGCCACCCCUUCCACCCUCCAGAUGUGCAGACUCCCCAGCUGGGAGAAAAGAUGACCCCUGCCCAUAUCCUCUGGCUGCCCCCGGGAUCUGGAGACACAGGCAAAUCCUCCCGGAAGCCCAGGAGGAAGAGGAAGAGGAGGAGGACAAAUAUGAGCUGCCCCCCAGCGAGACUCUUCUCCGCCACCUAGCCCGCGCCCGCGCCUGCAUUCCUGGCACUAAGGAGGACUCUUUGUACUUGGAUCACUGUGGCCCCCUGGGCCCUCCCACGUCACCACCACCACCCCCCACACCACCACCGCCGCCCCAGCCCGAGAUCAUGAACAGCCUCCCCACCCGCCCCACCCCAGGCUACCACGUCCCACCCAAGGCAGCGCCGAGCCCACCAGAGGCCACGAAGCAGAGCAGGCCCUUUGGGAGGCGAGAGCCGGGUGCACCAGUCGGAGCGGUGCCAGGCCCUACAAAGCCGGAUGAGGGCAUCUACCUGGAGUGUGAGCCUGGGCCAGUCUUGGCCUUGACUCAGACUCUGAGCUCCCAAGUCCUAAUGCCUCCAGUUCCUCUACCAAGGACAUCAGUGGGGCCCAGGGCCAGCAUAGCCCCCCAGGAAGCUCGGAAUGGAGCAUCUAAUGCCGCCUCUAAAGCAGGAAGGAGAGCCUCUCUUUCCUCUGUAGCUGCCACCCAGAACGACUCAGCUGCCGAGGAAGGCGAUCUGCUGGGCCAGCCUUGGUACUCAGGGAACUGCGACCGCCACGCUGUUGAGAGUGCCCUGCUCCGACUCCAAAAGGACGGAGCCUACACCGUGCGCCCCAGCUCCGGCCCUCAUGGCUCCCAGCCCUUCACCUUGGCAGUGCUUCUCCAUGGCCGGGUCUUUAAUGUUCCCAUCCGGCGGCUGGAUGGCGGGCGCCACUACGCCCUGGGCCGGGAGGGCAGGAACCACGAGGAGCUCUUCUCCUCCGUGGCCGCCAUGGUCCAGCACCACAUGCAGCACCCCCUGCUGCUCGUGGACAGACACAGCGGCAGCCGGCAGCUCACCUGCCUGCUCUUCCCCACCCAGCCCUGACGGACGCCACAGCGCAUGUGCACAUUCCACACCCCCCAGCCCCCCACCCCCCCACCCCCCGCGCUGGCCCCAUAGCUUGCUCCUUGCGCUGUCCCCCUCUCCUCUUCCGGGUCUCCCCCGCCCAGUGCACUCCCCCCAUCCUGUGCCCUAGUCCCUGCAAGCCCCCCAGAGAGGCAUUGGGAAGGAUCGCCCAGAGACAGAAAGGGUCCCUAAGACUCCACCCCAUGCUCACCCAGAGCCUGGCACUGACACCCCCUGCUGUAUCUCCAAGGCCGGGACGCAGGGGACUGGCAGGGACCCCAGGCACGGCCUCCCAAGCUGCUCUGAGUGAAGACCUCCCCGGGGAAGCUGAGCCUCAGGGGGAUAGUACGGGCGACGCUUGGACACAAAGAGAAUCCUCUCACAUUUUGUAGGAGGCUUAAUACGGGGCUGGCAUCUGGGAGGGACUUGGUGGCCCUGCACAUAGUUUGCGUUCAAUAAAUAUUUGUUGAAUGAAUUCUUGAAUUCUGUGGAGCGAAGCAGAGAUGGCCUCCAUGA